AUGAAUUACUCUACAAUUGGCCCCACGGAGAAAAACAUAACGUACACCGGCGCGACAACAGGAAUCUUGGAUGAUUCAGAAGACGCGACUCCCCAGGAUCCACGGCUAGUUGCGGCCGACAACUUAUGGAAGGUUUGUUCUCCAAUUCUGAUCCUGUUAGGUACUUUUGGAAACAUCGUCACUAUCGUUGUCCUUUGCCGGAAAUCUAUGUGGAAGAUCUCCUCCUCUCCGUACCUGGUGGUCCUGGGUGUGGCCGACAUUGUCGUUCUCUAUACAGGCCUCCUUAGACAAUGGCUCCGGUACGUGGCUGACAUUGACAUACGGGAGUUGUCCCCCGUCGUCUGUAAACUGCACAUCUUUUCCGUGUACACUACCGUGGACUUUUCCGUCUGGAUUCUAGUGGCGGUUUCGGUGGAGAGGUUCAUUUUUGUUUGCUUCCCGUUUAAAGCCAAGAGAGUGUGUACCCGAAGAAGGGCCAUGAUCAGUCUAGCUCUAAUCCUGCUUGCCCUUGUAAUCCUAAACUCUCACCACUUCUAUGGCUUCGGUUCCGUCUACAACGAGCCGUCUUUCAAUGACACCGAAUCUCCCGUGCUUAUAUCCUACUGUGAGUAUCUCUUCGAUGACUACGGGACAUUUUACCAAGAAAUUUGGCCUUGGAUUGACCUGUCCGUUUUCUCUAUGGUGCCGUUUUGCAUCAUUGUCGUUUGUAAUAUCUCCCUCAUCACCAAAAUCGUUCGUUCCCGAUUCUCGAACAAAGUAGCACCCACAGACGGUGAGGGGCAGAAGCGGGUGAAAUCUUCCUCCAUGACAGUUCUGUUGAUCUCCCUUAAUACGCUUUUCCUAGUGACCACAGCCCCAAUUAGUAUUUACCUCAUCGGUUACCCGGAGUGGGCGCGUACGGCAAGCUACGAUGAGGACAUACAGUUGACCCUAUGGUGGGCCAUCGUCAAUCAGCUCAUGUACCUCAAUAACUCCGUCAAUUUUCUCUUUUACUGCAUAAGUGGUCCAACAUUCAGAAGGGAGCUGAAGUUCAUGUGUGGGCGGAGAGGCGCCGUUGGAGCAGCAGCGACUGUAUCCGUGGCACCAACAGGUGUCUCGGUAAUCCCUCUAAGGGGACAAACUACAACGCGGUGUGAUGCAUCUGCAAUAAGAAACGAUUAA